UCUUCCUGGCUGUAUAAAACGCCACGACAAGAAGGGGAAACGAACAAGCAGGGACGUUGUACUGGUGCUGUGUUUGCUCUGACUAUGGGGAAGAAGCGUGUCGCUGUGAUCCUCUCCGGCUGCGGAGUUUAUGAUGGAUCUGAGCUGCAUGAGUGCUCGGCAACGAUGGUUCAUCUCAGUCGAGCUGGAGCCGAGUUACAACUCUACGCCCCAAAUGUGAACCAAAUGCAUGUUGUGAACCAUUUGACUGGUCAACCAACCGAGGAGGUGCGUAACGUUCUGGUAGAGAGCGGCCGGAUCGCCAGAGGCAACAUCAAGGACCUUGCCGAACUCCGUAUCAAUGACACGGAUGCGUUGAUUAUCCCCGGUGGUUUUGGGGUUGCUAAAAACCUAAGCAGCUGGGCAGUGAAAGGGAAGGAUUUCAGUGUGGAGCCAUCAGUGGAAUCUGCUCUAAAAAAAUUUCAUUCUACAAAGAAGCCCAUUGGCUUGUGCUGCAUCUCUCCAGUGCUGGCAGCAAAACUCAUCCCUGGAUGUGAAUUAACUGUGGGUCAUGAUACAGAGUGUGAAAAGUGGCCUUAUGCAAAAACAGCCCAGACAAUGGUAGAACUAGGCUGCAAGCAUGUUAACAAGCAUGUCAGUGAAGUACACAUUGACAAGCAAAACAAAUUGGUGACGACAAGUGCCUUCAUGUGCAAUGCUCCCAUCCAUGAGGUUUUCGAUGGAAUUGGUGAAAUGGUGAAAGAAGUCUUGAAACUUACGUAAUUCUUCAUUAAAUUGAUGUAAUUGAAAAGGCAUGGAAAUUCCAAGGAGCAGACGAUUAUUUGAUUUUAUGGAAUUCACUAGAAUGUGUAUUUGUUACCAUACCACUUUAAUAUGAUUUGUUUUGGGAGAAUAUUUAAUUCUUAUACCUCUGUUGUGAAAAUUAUGAUGGAUUAAAGGAAUUUUCUGAAA